CAAAAAUCUAGGGUUGGAAAAGCAUUUAAUGGAACCACACCACUAAUAAUGCUCGGCAAAGAUGUGGUGAUGAGGGAAGAGCUUCCACAGAGUGGGAUAAAGCGGUUGCUGUUCGUCUUCUAGGUUUCUCCGCCUUGGUGGAUCUAUUGGCGAAGAACGUAAGAUGGCUUCUUCCUACAUUCUCAAUGGAGCAGAAACACUCACUUUCUCCAAAGGAAGAGCCCCAAUUGGGUUGGCCUUCAAGGGGCCUUCUCUCAAUGGGAUAUGCCUCCCCAUGAUAGGUUCGAUCUCAGUCACCGGUGGAAGUAUCAGGGCAAAAACGUUGGUGCCGAGAUGCAGCCUUUCGUCUUCUCGGCCAGCGUCUCAGCCCCGCUUCAUCCAGCACAAGAAAGAGGCAUUUUGGUUCUACAGAUUCCUCUCCAUAGUGUAUGACCAUGUCAUAAAUCCCGGUCAUUGGACCGAGGACAUGAGGGACGAGGCUCUUGAGCCUGCUGAUCUGUAUGAUCCGAGGUUGAAGGUCGUGGAUGUCGGUGGCGGGACUGGGUUCACGACGUUGGGCAUUAUUAAACACAUACAUCCCAAGAAUGUCACCAUUCUCGAUCAGUCUCCGCACCAAUUGGAGAAGGCAAAGCAAAAGGAGGAACUGAAAGAGUGCACAAUCAUUGAAGGGGAUGCUGAGGAUCUUCCUUUCCCGACUGACUCUGUGGACCGCUACAUUUCUGCUGGAAGCAUUGAGUAUUGGCCUGAUCCUCAACGUGGAAUCAAAGAAGCAUAUCGAGUACUGAAACUUGGAGGGUUAGCUUGCAUCAUUGGUCCUGUAUAUCCAACAUUUUGGCUAUCACGCUUCUUUGCCGAUAUGUGGAUGCUGUUUCCCAAGGAAGAGGAGUACAUCGAAUGGUUCAAGAAGGCCGGCUUUAAAGACGUCAAAUUGAAGAGAAUCGGCCCCAAAUGGUACCGUGGUGUCCGGCGUCACGGCCUCAUCAUGGGUUGUUCUGUCACAGGUGUUAAGAGAGAAUCUGGCGAUUCACCUCUGCAGCUUGGUCCAAUUGCCGAAGAUGUAAGCAAACCUGUGAACCCAUUUACCUUCGCCUUGCGCUUCAUCUUGGGAACAAUUGCAGCGACAUAUUACGUGCUGGUGCCGAUAUAUAUGUGGAUUAAGGAUCAAAUCGUCCCCAAAGGACAACCUAUAUGAAGAACAGACUCGAAUUAUUUGGCCGCGAAAAAUGGAAGUAUAAUCUAUGUAAUAUUUUCUUUUGUUUGCUAUUUUUAGGCCUUUUCCUCGACUUUUCUGGUCAGCGUGUUUCUGUCUGAAUUCUAAGUCAUGCUGCCGGCCAAAAGUUUCUUGUGCUUCAUCUGAACAACACGAUGCGACUCGUUCAGCGCUGGACAGAAUGUGAUUGUGAACCUUGAAAAUAAGUUUGUUCUUCCUUUGCUGUCUGUA